AUGAACAUUUCGGGAACACAGUACGAUCUUCUUCUUGCAUGGUAUAACCGUACCUCAGAGGAGGAAAUUAUGAUGCCUUUGAUUGAUUCUGUGAGAUGGGCCACGCCGUUGGAGAAUGAAAACAAUGUCGCAUCGUCGUCGAAAGGAAAUCGACAAAAACCAUCGUUACAUUCGUCCAAAAAUGAAGAUGAAAUUGAAGCCGCGAAUAUUGCUAUUUGCGGACGGAGAACGCGAUCUAAUAUAACUUUCGAAGAAAUUGCAGGGUCGUCACAAUCGACUUCAUUGGAUUUUCCUGUAUGUGAUGCAUACAAAGAAGAAAUACAUGUUCAAAAUGAAAACGAAACGCGAUCGUCAAUCCCUUCCUCCCUCCCGAUAUUAGCGCCUACCGCCGUGUAUAAAAUCCCAAAGAUAUUCUAUGGAGAUUUUAAUGAAGAAUGGGCAGCUUCAGCCAAUAUCACGAUGGACGAUGGACAAGUUUCGGAAGUUCUUCCUUCAUCGAACGCCGCCGACAUCUCUACAAGGGACAACGAAUCAUGUACAACGUACAUUCCAUCAUAUUCCUUUGCGACUGACUUUCAGUAUUCGUCGACAACUAAUCAUUUCAACGAUUAUACUGGAACGGGAUACGAAAAUCAAUCGAUUUGCGGCCAAAAUCCUACCACUUAUCCUCCAUUCGCUGAAAAUGAUGUAGUGUAUGGUUUGGAUGAUCAAUUAGAAGGCGAAUUUAUUGAUCCUUUUGGAUUCGCCGUGCCUCCGAUCACAACACAUUUCGAUCCGCUUUCUUCAUCAUUAACUGGACAAUGCGACGAUUUAUGGUCAGAUUAUGGAGACGCAAUAAAUAAUUCCACUGACUUUUCAUGCAUAGACAAAUCAUUUGAGUAUUGA